CUUUCAAAUUGUAAAAUAAAAUAAUAAAUAACAAAUCACGUAAAACGUAAAUAAACUGGGCAUGGAUUCGUAAACUUUAAUUUGCUGUUUUUCAUAUCAAUCAUGGCAUUUAAUUUCGCUCGUUCUUUAAUUUCUAAUAAAUUCCUUCCUUUAAAACGUAGUUUUCCAUAUAAAAGGUCUUUACCUUGUAUUGUAUCUACGAGAUAUUCACAUUUUACUUAUGUACCCGAUACCGUAUCAGCAUCAGAUGGAGAAACUGCUCGUAUGAACAUGUUCCAGGCUAUAACAAAUGCCCUAGACAUAGCACUUGCAGCUGAUCCUACUGCAGUUGUGUUUGGUGAAGAUGUUGCUUUUGGUGGUGUAUUUCGGUGCACAGUGGGUUUACAGGAUAAACAUGGUAGAGAUAGAGUUUUUAACACUCCACUUUGUGAACAAGGUAUUGUGGGAUUUGGAAUUGGUGUAGCUAUUGGAGGAGCAACUGCUAUAGCUGAAAUUCAGUUUGCUGACUACAUAUAUCCUGCCUUUGAUCAGAUAGUAAAUGAAGCUGCAAAAUUAAGAUUUCGUUCAGGGAAUGACUUUAAUUGUGGUGGAUUAACUGUGAGAGCACCUUGGGGAGCUGUUGGUCAUGGUGCUAUGUAUCAUUCUCAAUGCCCUGAAUCAUUCUUUUCUCAUGUUCCUGGUUUAAAAGUAGUCGUACCCAGGGGUCCCAUUCAAGCAAAAGGACUGUUGUUAAGCUGUAUAAGGGAUAAAAAUCCAUGCAUUUUCUUUGAACCCAAAAUACUUUAUAGAAUGGCGGUGGAACAAGUUCCUUUGAAAGACUAUGAAUUGCCAUUAUCCACAGCUGAAGUGCUUGUUGAAGGUGAUGAUGUUACUGUCAUUGGUUGGGGUACACAGGUUCAUGUUUUAAGAGAAGUGUGCCAGUUAGCAGAAGAUAAAUUGAAUAUUUCCUGUGAAUUAAUAGAUCUGACUACUAUAGUUCCUUGGGAUAAAAAAACUGUUAUCAAUUCUGUAAAUAAAACUGGACGUGUACUCAUUUCUCAUGAAGCUCCUCUUACUGGAGGAUUUGGUGCCGAAAUCGCUGCAACAAUACAGAAUGAAUGUUUCCUGACUUUAGAAGCUCCUAUCCAAAGAGUAACUGGCUUAGAUGCACCAUUUACGCAUGUCUUUGAACCCUUCUAUAUGCCUACCAAGUGGAGAUGUUUUGAUGCUAUAAAGAAUCUUAUCAACUUCUAGUUUUGUUUUGUUUUUAUUUCAGCAUUUAUUUAUCAUUGUUACAAAUUUCUACCUAAUUUACUAAAAUAGGUAACUAUUUUUAUUGACGCCAUAUAUUUUUGAUAAAUCUCUUAUACGUUUUUGUUAAUAAAAAGUCAUAUUUUUCUCAUGAUUUCUUUCUGGCUAAAUGUUUUUACUUUUUUAAAAAAUUUUUAGUAUUUUUCUCUGUAUGCAAAAUAUAUACCACCAUACAAUUGAAAA